CCAGCUGACGGAUAUUUUGAGACGUGUAACUUUGUUAUGAGUGUCGGUUUAUGUUUUAUUUAAAUGUUUCAUAAUUCUUCAAAAUAAAAUUAUACGCGUAGGAUCUAUCACAAUCAAAGACAAGGUUCAAAUUAAUUGCAUUCACUCAAUUUAUAAUUGAGCACUUCCGUAUUUUGACAGCCAUACCUCAGCCGCCUUCGCUCAUGCUUUCGUUUUCAACUUUACUCUGUCAACUGUGUCUGUUACAUGUCACAGUCACUGUGGAAUAUAUACUUUAUUACUAGUUUUACUGUUUAUUGAUUAUCAAAGACCUAAAGGAAGCAAGUCGAUAAUGGCAACAGCUGCGAAAAGAAACCCAGAACUAGCAAAGAAGCUGUUAGAAAGCAUACAGAAUGAUUUGCGCACACUAUCAGCAGAGACCAAACGAAAACACCCUGAAGUAAAAGAGUCUGCAGAAACAAUGCAACUCAAGCUACGGACUAUUGCUAGCAAGAAUGAAAAUGUUAUAACAGGAUUGAUUCCAGCCAGUUCUGAAGUGAUCCAACCAUUUAUUCUGGGGUGUGAAACAAAGAAUCCAAAAUUAGUACACACCUGUUUAGUAUCUCUGCAGAAGUUGAUUUCUUAUGAAGCAGUAUCAACUGCUGCUGCUGAUGCCAUUAUCAGAACUCUGUGGAACCUGAUGGAGGUUGGCCUUGAAGAACUCAAACUGCUGCAGACAGCCAUGCUGCUCAUAACAACAAACUCAGUAGUUCAGCAUGAUUCCCUGGCCAAGGCUUUGGUAAUGUGUCUGCGCCUGCAUUUCACCAAGGACAGCACAACAAUUAACACAGCUGCUGCAGCGAUAAAACAACUCGUCAGCAUCAUCUUUGACCGCGUCGUCACAGAAGACAAAAUACCAACAAAUGAACCCAUGGAGGUAUUAGAUGGACUGGAACUGAAGACUGGAAGCAAAACUCCCCCAAAGUCACUCCACCCUUGUGCAGGGGAUGCCUACCUUUUGUUUCAGGACCUGUGUCAGCUGGUGAACGCCGACCAGCCGUUCUGGUUGAUUGGGAUGACCGAGAUGACUCGCACGUUUGGGCUCGAGCUGCUGGAGGCCGUGCUCACAUCAUACCCAACCGUCUUCACUCAGCACCCGGAGUUCAGUUUCAUGUUAAAGGAGAAGGUGUGUCCCCUGGUGAUCAAGCUGUUUUCCCCGAGUCUGAAAUACCGCCAGGGCCUGCCACCAGCCCCGUCACCCACCCCCGUCGAGAAACCCUUCUUCCCCAUCGUGAUGCGGCUCCUGAGAAUUGUAUCCAUCCUCAUUCGGAACUACUACACAUUGCUGACAACCGAGUGUGAGAUAUUUUUGUCACUUCUGGUGAAGUUUCUAGAUCCAGAGAAACCAAUAUGGCAGCGGUGUUUAGCCUUGGAAGUCCUUUACAGACUGAGUCUGCAACCCCACCUCUUAAAAAAUUUCUGUCAGAGUUAUGAUAUGAAAUUACACUCCACAAAGAUUUUCCGCGACAUGGUGAAUGGAGUUGGCUCGUUUAUUCAGUUUCAGUUCAUGAACCCGCCAGGUGGUCCCGCAGCUCAAGGCAGUUGCAAACUACCAGACACCCAGGGUCUGCCCCCUGCUUUGGUGGCCGGACUCCCAGUUGGAGGAGGCAUGAGUCCACAGGCAGCGUUCAUGUACCGCGGAGUGUGGAUUCCAAUAGUGGCCAUCAUACCACCAGGACAGACGAAACCAGUGUUUCUGGAGCAGCUAGAAAAGAUCGAGCCACCAAACAUCCCUGAAGGUUAUGGUGUCUCACUUGCAUUCUACUGCCUGCUGGAGAUGGUCAAAAGUGUCGAAAUUUUAAUCAAGGGACAAACCACUAAAACAAAAGAAGCUGUUCAGAAAAAAAAGACAGAAGCAUCUGAAACACCCAGUGAAGACAGUAAUCAAAGUGCCAACCUGAAGGAAGAACUGAUCAACUCAUCUUGGUGUGGAAUGCUUGCUGCUCUCUCCUUACUGCUGGAUGCAAGUACUGAUGAAAGUGCGACUGAGUCCAUUUUGAAGUCCCAGCAGAUCUAUGCCACACUGUGCGGAAUCCUGGGAAUGAACACACCUCGUGAUGCGUUCAUCACGGCUCUGUGUAAAGCCUCCCUGCCACCCCACUACACGUUGACCAUCCUCAACACGUCCAGCUCCACCAGUCCAAAAACUCUUAUAAAGGGAUACAGUCAAGAUCAAGUAGGUAUGGAGGCUGUGGAACGGAGUCAGGUGGUUGCCGUGGGAACACCACUACCUACUGCAUCACUUCCUGUUGGUGCCCAUCAGGGACCAGUUAUGCUGACAGCUAAGAAUAUUCAGUGUAUGCGGUCACUGCUGAGUGUAGCUCACUGUCAUGGCAGUAUUCUGGGCACGGCUUGGCACCUUGUACUUACAACCCUGCAGCAUCUUGUGUGGAUUCUUGGCCUGAAGCCGUCGUCAGGUGGAAGUCUAAAGGUGGGUCAGCAGAUAAACGAGUCAGCGAACGCCGUCAUUACGACCGCUGUUAUGGCCGACCUGCCAGUUCUGUCAUCAAUGCUGUCACGUCUGUUUGAAAGUUCACAGUAUCUCGAUGAGGUUGCACUGCAUCACUUAAUAGAUGCUUUGUGCAAACUGUCCACAGAGUCCAUGGAGCUGGCGUAUUCAAACAGGGAACCAUCUCUUUUUGCGGUGGCCAAGUUGCUGGAGACUGGGCUGGUGAACCUGUCGCGGGUGGAGGUGCUAUGGAAACCAGUGACAGCACACUUGUUAGAGGUAUGCCAGCACCCACACAUGGGAAUGCGCACCUGGGGUGCAGAAGCAGUUACCUCCCUUGUGAGAGCAGCUCUUUCAUACAAGUUCGAUCCACCUCUAGAAACAAAUGUUAAACUGCAGGCAACAGUGUUGUCCCCACUGCAUGAGUUGUCAUCCAUCCACCAGCUGGACAUCCGACAGAAACAGCUGGAGUGUGUGUUGAACAUACUGCACAACAACGGUGACACUCUCUCUCAUGGCUGGCCGCAAGUCCUCGAUGUCAUAGGAGCUGUUGAUAACAGCCAAGGUGAGAAGUUGGUUCAGACAGCAUUCCAGUGCUUACAGUUGGUGGUCACUGACUUCCUUCCCAUCAUCCCUAGUGUUUAUCUGAAAAUCAGUGUCGAAGUAGCAGCCUCAUUUGGACUUCAGAAUCAGGAACUAAAUGUCAGCUUGACAGCCAUUGGCUUACUGUGGAAUAUUUCCGACUUCUUCUACCAGAACCGCGAGCGUAUAAAGCAGGAGCUGGACGAGCGACAGGCUGGUGACGGCCAUGACGGAGAGACUGUCCAGCCAUUUGACGCUUUGUGGAUGUGCAUCUUCACCCGCCUCGGCGAACUGUGUGUGGACCCACGCCCCGCCGUCCGCAAGAGUGCCGGCCAGACGCUCUUCUCCACCAUCUCCGCACACGGUGCGCUGCUGCAGCAGGAAACGUGGAAGAACGUCUUGUGGCAGGUGCUGUUCCCGUUACUGGAGCGAGUGAAGAAGUUCUCCAGCAGUGCCUCGACACAGAAGGACUCACAGUCAUCUGGUAACAUCUUGAUCCACCACUCACGCGACACCGCCGAGAAACAGUGGGCCGAGACAAGGGUCCUGUCGCUGGCUGGGGUCGCUCGGACGUUCAACUCCAAGAAGAGCAUCUUACAGCAGCUCGGUGAUUUCCCCAGGGCCUGGUCACUGUUACUGGAGCACAUUGAAUGUGCUGCCCUGUGUCUUAACGCAGAGGUGUCGCUCGCGGCCCUCAAGAGCUUUCAGGAAAUCCUUCACAACCGAGAUCCAAAAGACUUGCCCAAGAGGUCGGAGGACUCCUCCCAGAAGACAAGUAUUGCCCCUCCUAUGGAGGAAGUCAUGAGCAGAACGGGGGAGGUCAUUACAUCCAAUAAAGGGACAUCAUCAUCAUCACCAUCAUCACUAUCAUCACCUUCAUGCUCUGACUCAGAAGGAGAUCUGUGUUUGUGGACUUCGGCGUGGAAAGUGUGGCUCAACAUCGGUGUAAUGGCCACGAAGCCCCCGGACGUGGUGGACAAGUCAGAGAACAUGUACGUCCCCUCCCAGAACUUCCUCACCGCUCUCGUGCAGACGUUCCCAGCCUUGUUUGAGCACAUCAGGUGUCGCUUUGUGCUGAUGGACCUCCAGAAGCUGUCGUCCGUCCUCAAGAGUGCGCUGUCGAUUCCGGUGCAGGGAGAGAUGUCUCCGUUCAUCAUCCCCACCUACCCAGAAGUGACAAUCACACCGCUGCAAGAAGCAACCUUACAAGCCGUUCAAGUCCUCAUCAAGACUGUGACAUCUGGAUCUGAGUCGAUGCAGGCCAUGUUACCAGACAUCUUCACUCUACUGCUAACCUACGUGGAGUUUGGUAUCAAGGCUCCCAAGUACGGACAUCUGGAAACCAAGAAUUUUGGAUCGGUUAGAGGUCCACAGGUUGAUUGGGUGACGAUGAAUUUUGUGCCGUUUUCUGAGAGAGCCGUUGAGAUAGUUGUGGAUCUGUAUGUGUCGCAUGCCGACCACCCCGCAGUCAUCAGUAACCAUGUCCUGCAGAAGAUCAUCAAGACUUUCCGUUUACCUCUCAGUUUGAAAUACAGCUGCCCGUCUGCAUCAACAUGGAUUUUGGUCAUCAAUUCUCUCUUCACAGUACUCAAUGUUGGCUUGCCUAUUGCAGAAAAACAUGAUGCUGCCUGUGUUUCUAUGUGGACAGAGUUAGCAAAUGCUUUUGAAGAUUUCCUUUUUUCAAAAUCCCCAUCACCACCUACACAAUCAGUUGAAGAUUUCCAAAGAGAUGAGGCAAUAGAUUGCAAGGUUGUCCAUGUUAUCCGAGAUGAUAUUCUGCCGCACGCACAUCUGGUACCUCAAGACUUUGUCGUCCGUAUCAUGGACAUCCUCAAUAAAGGAUCGAUACAUUCAACUACGUCUGAUAGUUUCGUUGACACUGAAUCAAGUCGUAAGCUGCGAGAAGAUUUUGCAAAGACUUGUUUUGAGACUCUUCUUCAGUUUUCAUUUGUCAGUAAGAAAUCUGACACUAAAGAAGGGUCAAUAACGAAGCUGGCCGUCUUAUCCCUACUUCAGAGGUGCCAGGAAGUAGUGAAGAAGUAUGUGGAGGAUGAGCGACUCAGUGGGAAGUGUCCACUGCCGAGACCCCGUCUCGCAGAGAUUUCAUCUGUACUCAAAGCCAUUACAACACUGUUGGUGUCUUUGAAAAAAGCUCCACCCAACAACAUCAAGCAUAACGUGUGGCAGCAGGUCAUCCAGCUGUAUCCAUCGCUGGUCGAGUGCACCACGUCGUCAUCCCCUAGUGUCUGCCGCGCCCUCAAGGAGGCACUCCAUGAAUACAAAGAUCUGCUGGCUCCGCCCACCACCCCUUCGGUCCACAACGGGAUGUAGGGGCCACUGGGAACGCACCAAACAGCUGUGAUUUACUCGUAACCCUAUGCAGACUCCCAACAGACUGUGCCGCUAGUACCAUUUUAUUCUUUCUUAUUUUCAUGCAUAUAUCCAAUUAAGGUUCAAGCACGCUGUCCUGGAGACACACCUCAGCUAUCUGGGCUGUUUGUCCAGGACAGUUAGUCAGUUAUCUACCCAUCAAGUCGUUAAAAUUCGCUCUGGGUGGCAGCUGGUACCAGGCUGCGAACCCAGUACCUAUUAGUCUUAUGUCUGAUGGCUUAACCACGACACUACCGAGGUCAGUGCCGGUAGUACUACUCCAGUGUUGUUCAGUGCCGUGUCUGUAUUAAUGUAGAUCUUGUAGAGUGUGGUGCGGAGGUGGAUGUGAAAUACUCGAAUCAAAACUACGGUCUUUAGUUGCACUUCUGCGGGAUGUUUACGUGUUAUCAGGGUAUAUUUCCACAGAACAAUCGUAGUCCUACAAUCAUUGGAAGUGUUUAUUUAAUACCACAACUGUUGAUUGCUUCAUUGUGGAGGAGUGAUGUUUUAACAUCUACUACCAUAAUAAUUCUGUAUGUGAUAUAUUAAACAGCAACUCAGUCUGUAUAUGAUUUUUGUGUAUUAACUUCUUAUCAAAUAAGACCAUUUAUAGUUUUUGUCUACAACAUGCAAGUAAUGAUUUUUGUACCCUAAUGAUGCAUAAAUACUAAAUUGAAGAUAUUCAUAUAUAUUGGUGUGAUAUUAUAAUAUUUUAUUUUAUUUGGAAUGAAUAAAUUUAAAUGAAUGUUCCUUCAAGAACUACACCUUUAUAAAGAUUGUAAGAUUUUUGGUUUCAUAGCAUAAUUUUUUUAUUUUUUAUCAAAGCUUUCAAAAACAAGAUUUAAAACGAACAAAAUAUAAAUGCUCUUCAUUGAACGUAUGUGUAUAACUACAAUUGUUUUAUCAGCAACUCUAAUGACAUUGUGUCCAGCUUAUUGAACCUGGUUUAGAAAUAAUGAUGCUGUCACAACAUAUACUAUUUCUCUUCACUAACAGCAACUUUGUAUUGUAAGUUAGAAUAGGAAAAAACACCAAGGGAAUGGAUCCCAAGAUCACAUCAUAAGAACUAACUGUUAAAGUGACAGACCCUAGUUUUUAAACACUGCAACAUAUUUUUCACUAUGAGAGCCAUUUUUUAACAAUUUAAAUUCGAAGUUACUUCCAUUUUAUUUGUUUAGGGUAUCCACUUUCAAACAUCAUAAGUGUUUUAAUGUAUCUCUGGUUUUUGUAGUACUGAAAUAACAUUUAAAAAAACUCAUGUACCUCUAAUAAAUAGCAGUUAUCAAGCUCUGGUCUGUGUUUAGUUAGUGUUUCCCUAUUUGAAAAAUAACAGACUUACAUUCACUUUGUCAAAACUUUAUCUAGGUUACAGAUAUGUAGAUUAACCGAUUCAGGGUUAAAACCAGGGUCUGCACUUUUAAAGAACUGAAAAAUGGUGCAAAGUAAUUAACAGUUUAAAAUUUUUGUGAAAUAUCGGUCAAUCCAGGAUAACAGCUUAGCACUGUUAAAUUACAUCUUUUGCACAAUUGUGUUUCCACCACGCCACAAGGCAGCUGUUAGUUAUUUCAUCAUUUUAUCACAUUUAAGAUACAUCUGCUGUACUUGUGAUCAGAUGCAAACACUGAAUAUUAUAUUCCUUUAAGGCCAAAUAAAAUAAAUGUCUGGCUUCUGGUCAGCGCACAUGUUGAUUUUGACCCUCGCAUGUCACCAUGUUUUGGGUUUUUUAUUUCCCAUGGUAUGACAUCAUAAAAAUUGCCAUGGCUAUUUGGAAAUUGUAACGGAAAAUAUUUAGAGUAGCAAUGCGAUGGACCAAGGCAGAUAAGGAGAACAUGAAAAAACCUCUAAAUAUACCCGGUACCCACCUUUUCUGUGCAUCUGAAUGUUCCAGAAACUUUGGUCUGACCAGAGACCGACAGAUUUUUUUUUUUUUGGCCUAACAGAAUUUAUAUGUUGUAGUUGCAUCAGUUAGUAGUUACAUGUGUAUUUAAUCUGUAAAUAUGACCUUUUAUGCACUGUCAGAUGUUUGUAAUUACAUAUAUUAUAUAUAUCCAAUAUAGUGUAUAAAUAUCUUAUUUAUGUAUACAUAAAACAUGAAUAUUGAUUAUGUAAAGUUUGAAGUAUUGGAAGCUAUAUUCUCACUGUUAACUGUAUUUGUAUAUGGAUAGUAUAUAUGGUACACAGGCUUUUGGGUCACUACAUGCAUGGCACCUGUUUAAAUGUCGCACACGAUUUUCAUUGUUUUUGUUUUGUAUUUAUAUAUUUAUCCUGGUUUAGGUGUGUAUUCUAGCUCUACAAUAUUUAAAAAUGAAAUAAUGAUAACUGGCAGUAGUUAAAAAAAAAAAAAUUGAUGUUUGCUUUGUUUGAUGAGAAUAAAUUAACGCCAUUGUCAAACAAUGAAUGUGAAAAUUUGGUUCGGACCUCAUCUAAAUUUGUUCUUCAUAGCAAGAUUCAUCAUUACUUUACUUAAUAGACAGUAUUUUGAAGAUAAUCUUUGAGAUGUUUGUACACCUGUAAAAGAUUCUGAAUGGUACAUUCUACCAUCAUCAAAUGUUUGACAUCUUCUUUCACCUGUAAACCUUUGGAUGUUUGUACAUCAUCUGUGAAUUGCAGACAUCUUCUGUGAAUUGCAGACCAUCAGAUGUUUGUACAUCUUCUGUGAAUUGCAGACCAUCUUCUGUGAAUUGCAGACCAUCAGAUGUUUGUACAUCUUCUGUGAAUUGCAGACCAUCUUCUGUGAAUUGCAGACCAUCAGAUGUUUGUACAUCUUCUGUGAAUUGCAGACCAUCUUCUGUGAAUUGCAGACCAUCAGAUGUUUGUACAUCUUCUGUGAAUUGCAGACCAUCUUCUGUGAAUUGCAGACCAUCAGAUGUUUUUACAUCUUCUGUGAAUUGCAGACCAUCUUUUGUGAAUUGCAGACCAUCAGAUGUUUGUACAUCUUCUGUGAAUUGCAGACCAUUUUCUGUGAAUUGCAGACCAUCUUCUAUGAAUUUACCGAUUUGUACUCUCAGAUGUUUGUACAUUGUGCAAGCAGGAAACCUUCAUAUGUCUUUAUAUUGUGUGAACAAUAAACCUUCAGAUGUUUGUGUAUUGUGUGAACAAUAAACCUUCAGAUGUUUGUGUAUUGUGUGAACAAUAAACAUUCAGAUGUUUGUGUAUUGUGUGAACAAUAAACCUUCAGAUGUUUAUAUUGUUUGAAAAGUAAAGGAUCAGAUGUUUGUGUAUUGUGUGAACAAUAAACAUUCAGAUGUUUGUGUAUUGUGUGAACAAUAAACAUUCAGAUGUUUGUGUAUUGUGUGAACAAUAAACAUUCAGAUGUUUGUGUAUUGUGUGAACAAUAAACCUUCAGAUGUUUAUAUUGUUUGAAAAGUAAAGGAUCAGAUGUUUGUGUAUUGUGUGAACAAUAAACCUUCAGAUGUUUAUAUUGUUUGAAAAGUAAAGGAUCAGAUGUUUGUGUAUUGUGUGAACAAUAAACAUUCAGAUGUUUGUGUAUUGUGUGAACAAUAAACAUUCAGAUGUUUGUGUAUUGUGUGAACAAUAAACAUUCAGAUGUUUGUGUAUUGUGUGAACAAUAAACCUUCAGAUGUUUAUAUUGUUUGAAAAGUAAAGGAUCAGAUGUUUGUACAUUGUGUAAACAGAAAAACUUCAGGUGUUUGUACAUUGCGUGACAAGUAAACCUUCAGGUGUUUGUACAUUGUGUAAACAGAAAAACUUCAGGUAUUUGUACAUUGUGUGACAAGUAGAUGGUUGUACAGUGAAUGUAAACAUAUAUUUAAAGUUCAUAAUGAGGUUUGCUGUAACCAUGUUUCUUGUUAGCAAACAAAGUGUUUUGUUGUAUUUUAAAAAUUUAAACAAACUCGUACUAAAAGUAUACGUAUAUGCAAGCUGUCGAUAAAUAUGUUGUUCAGUGGUUUGGGAUUUAUUUUAUGCUCACAAGUAACACAAUAAAACUGUUCGUUUUAAA